AUGCCAGACCUUGACCCCGAACCCAAAUCAGACCCAGAACCGGGAUCAGACCCAGAACCAGCGCCAGAACCGAUACCAGACCUGGACCCCAAACCCAAAUCAGACCCAGAACCGGGAUCAGACCCAGAACCAGCGCCAGAACCGAUACCAGACCUGGACCCCAAACCCGUAUCAGACCCAGAACCGGGAUCUAACCCAGAGCCAGCGCCAGAACUGAUACCAGACCUGGACCCCGAACCCGUAUCAGACCCAGAACCGGGAUCAGACCCAGAACCAGCGCCAGAACCGAUACCAGACCUGGACCCCAAACCCGUAUCAGACCCAGAACCGGAAUCAGACCCAGAACCAGCGCCAGAACCGAUACCAGACCUUGCCCCAAACCCGUUUGAGACCGAGAACCGGGAUCUAACCCAGAACCGAUGCCAGACCUUGACCCCAAACCCGUAUCAGACCCAGAACCGGGAUCAGACCCAGAACCAGUGCCAGAACCGAUACCAGACCUGGACCCCGAACCCGUAUCAGACCCAGAACCAGGCUCUGCUCCAGACCCGAUGCCUGGAUCCAACCCAAACCACGGCUGAAGACCCCAAUAACCUCUCGCUCCCUCCCCUGCCGAUUCGGCUGCAGGCCCUGAACUUCCCCCUCCCACCACCAGGGGGUCCCCCUCCAGGGCAGCCAUAUUGGGGGGGGGUCCCCCCAGCAUAG